AAAAGUUGGUCUUCCUUUCUAAUUGACUGGAAGGAUAACCCUAUACUGUGAAGGAAAGGAAGAGAAAAAGAGCUGGUGGGUUUUCUGGUCCUAUAGCUGUGAGGUGAUUACAACCACCCAUGGGUGGGACUUUGACAUCCAAAGGCGGGGUGACGUCCUCCACACAUAAAUACUCUGAGUUGGUCGAGGCGCUGCUUGACCCUGUGACUGACUUGGAAACGCGUUUUCUCAUUCACGGGAUUUCUUUUAGAAUCAUGAAACAAACCUAUUUUGUGGCUCCGAUGAGGACAUUUAACAUCAAAAUCAAGGUGGAGAAUACCUCGAGAUGAAAAGUCAAGCAUGAGUUGGUCUCUUACUGAAGCAGAAAAGCGUGAAAAAAGGUGACCGUGUGUGGUUUUAUCCAGAGUGGAAUGGCAGGUCUCCAAAACGCUCCAAGAAUUACGCAUUACGCAUCUGGAUAAGAGGAUGAGGCGCACGUGAACCAACAGUUCCUUCCAGUUAUCAUCCAAACAGAUCUCACUGGUUGAAGAUGGAUGGAUUCAACUUAACAGCGGUACCCAUAGAAGAGGGGAUGUCUUCUCCGUGGCCAAACACCAUGAGCAGCCACAGCCCAAACUUCACCUCCAAAGUGCCCGAGGUACCUGUGAGCAUCACCACGGUGGUCACGGCCGUCAUCUUCGUCAUUGUGUUCAUUGUGGGCCUUCUGGGUAACACGCUGGUUAUUUAUGUGGUGGUCCGUUACGCCAAGAUGAAGACAGUGACUAACUUGUACAUCCUUAAUUUGGCCUUGGCUGAUGAACUCUACAUCCUGGGGAUCCCCUUCUUGGGUACGCAUAAUGUUCUCUCCUACUGGCCGUAUGGGGAGUUCCUCUGCAAAAUGUACAUGACUGCUGAUACCAUGAGCCAGUUUUCGUCCACCUUUUGUCUGACGGUGAUGAGCAUUGAUCGCUACCUGGCUGUAGUUCAUCCAAUGAAGAGUGCCAAGUGGCGGAAACCUCAAGUGGCCAAGAUCAUUAACGGCAUGAUAUGGGUGGUGUCCUUUCUCAUUGCACUGCCGGCCACCAUCUACUCUAAAAUACAGGAGGAAUUUCAAAGCUGCAACAUGACGUGGCCUGAACCGAGCACUUUAUGGUCCACCGUCUUCAUCCUCUACACAUCCAUCCUGGGAUUCUUUGGUCCUGUGGUGGUCAUUUGCCUCUGCUACCUGCUGCUGGUCAUCAAGGUGAGGUCAGCGGGUGUGCGGGCUGGACUGACAAAGCGCCGCAAGUCAGAGCGUAAGGUGACACGCAUGGUGGUGAUCAUCGUGCUGGUGUUUGUGUUGUGUUGGCUGCCCUUCUUCACUAUGAACAUUGUAAACCUGGUUCACAUCAUCCCUGAGAAUAAUGUCACCACUGCGAUCUACUUCUUCUUGGUCAUCCUCACCUACGUCAACUCUUGCGCCAAUCCCUUCCUGUACGGCUUCCUGUCAGAAAACUUUAAACAGAGCUUCCAGAAAGUGCUCUGCUUAAUCAAAGCCAAUGCUGUCAACACUACGCAGAUAACAGCCCAGGACAGGACAAAAGAAAGCAACGUUCCUAAUUCCUCACCCAGAAGCCACGCACAGAAUGGGAAAAUGCAGAGCAUCCAGCGUGUCCAGAUGGAGGUUCUUGAAAGUGAGACAUUAAAAUCAUCAGUGCUUUAAGUUUCCAAGCUGGUGUCGUAUAGGACUUGGACAAAGUAUCCCAGGACUUUUUUUUUUUUUUUUUUUCAUAUUUACCAUCUAUAUUGCUGAUUGUCAUUUUGGAAACCAUUUCUGUGAAGAAUCAGAGGAACUAAGGAGUGAUAAAGCAUUCAGUGCAGACUUUUGCAUUUUUAUUACCUCUGUCAAGGAGGUUAUGUUUUCAUCCAAGUUGUCCCCGGUUAGUUCCCUGUCUGCAGGAUCACACAAAAACUACUGCACUGAUUUUCAUUCAACUUGAGUGUGGAACCAAGGAGUAGAUCCAGAAAAAGGGCACAUCAUGGAAUUUCUUUCCACUUCUCCUAACACAACGCUUUAGCAGAAGUAUACCCUCAACCAAAUGAUAUUCUGUUUUGUUUUGUUUUUUUAUUAUUUUAUUUUAUGUUUGCGAUGUUUCCAGAUUGGUUACACUGUACAAAAUAUUAAAAUCUUUAAAUUCAAUUAAUGCUCAACUAGGAUAAACCUCCUCAACUAAAACAACCAGGUUAUUCAGACUUAAAUUGUUUUUAUAUUUUACCAUAUUUAUAUAAAAUAUAUCUGUUUUUCUGUUUUUGGUUUGUUUUCAUUUGUCACUGAUAGAGGUUGCUGUAAACCAAGCUUAAGACAUUUCCUACAAUUGUAUCUUAUUUUCAUUAAUUGAUAUUUCAGAGAAUUAAAGGGAUCUGUGCCACAAGUGUUGGACUGACAGUAGAGUUGUUUAACAGCACAGAAAUGAACACCUCUCCAGAAAUAUGAAUUAUUCAAUGAGUUUAUUGUUGAAGAAUUGUAGACUUUAUUGUUUGAAUAUAGCGCAUUACAACCAAAUAUUAAUUUUAGCAGACAUUUUCAGGACAGGAUCCUUUUUUGUAUGUCCACUAUUGUAAACUAUGCCAUUUUCGUGGCAGAUUAUGUAUGAGAAUUCACAGUAUUCAGUUUUUGCUGCUUGUACUGUAACAUAUAGUCGCUGUUUGGUGGAAACCUCUUAUGUCCAACACAGUUAUUUUUAAGGAAACUGGAAAAACAAUGUAUAUGGAGUAAUGUGUAAUGGGGUUAAGAGAUGUAGUCACAAGCCGUUUUAUUGGUAAACUAUUUCUAAAAAUUGUGAAAGACUGACCAGUAGAAUUGUUAUAUCCUCCUGAGACCCAUUAGUGCAUUUUUGACUUCUGUAGGGGACAAAAGUUAGAAAAAAAUAAAACAAAAUUUACAAAAAAAACACUCUGUCCACUGUAAAGGACCUUCAAUAAAAAUAAUAAUAAUGAUGAAUGUAUCUGAAAAAACUGUUGCAGUAUGCUGUUUUAAAUCAAGAGAAUUAUUCAA